AAAAUAAAAAAGAGGUUAGAGUAUGUCAGGCAUUUACGAUCCAAAACUAAUUCCCAAAUAACAAAAGUGGGUGUGAGAAACACGGAACAAAAAUGGCUAAUCAGUCGUCACCGUCGCCGUCACCGUCGCCGUCACCCCCACGGCGGAGAACUCCUCCACCAACUCCUCAGCAGUACGUGGAGGUUAAUUGCGCAAGUUCUGGGAUGAAACGGCGGUUCGCGAUGGGGACCGACGCGGGGUUUGCGGUGGCACUUAUCAAUCGGAAGUUGAAGGGAAAGGUGGUGCCUGCGUCGCACAUAGAAGCAGUGAAGGAUGGAGAAGAACCCAUCGCAUUUGGCCCCACAUCAUUUCUUUCUGACUUUGGUGAUGGUUGGAAACUCCAAACUGUAACCCUCACUGAUCUUUCUUCAGAAGUGAGGAAUGGAGAAUUUCAACAGAUGAGAAUGCAGGCACCGGGGCUAGUUGCAGGUGUCCCGGGUACUGCAAGGAGCGUAUCCAAUCCAAUCACCUUUGUAUAUAUUGUUAAAAUCAUGUUUGCUUUUAUUUUGAUAUUUGUUCUUGGUGCAAUUUUUACUUUGUUUCUCGAUAACCUUCCUGCAUUCAUACUUUUUCUCAAGUCAAUCUAGUGCACUUUUAUGCUUAUGUAUGUAUGCAUUAAAUAAAGGGCUGCUCAAUCAAUCAGCCUUUUUGUUAAGUACUUGAAUUCAAACUAUUUAAUAUUUCAUAUUAGCUGGCUAAUAAAUUUUAAA